UGUGCUCUGCCAGAGUGAUGGCUGCCGGCGCGCGCUGCCUGUUUCCUCUUUUCACUUGCUGAGGAGCCCGCAGCUGCUUCCCAGGGGGGUCGCGAGCCCCGCCGAGCCGCUCCGGUAUUGCUGUCCUGGUCAUCUCGCCAGCCGCAGGUGCGUGCGUCCGAGGCUCUCGCCUGCCGCCGCAGCCUCGAUCUCGUCUUCGCUCUGCCCUCCGUUUCCUCUGGAUGAACUUGCGUCCUUUCUCUAAUCCGCCAUGGAAUUCUGCUCCGAGCUUUUAGCCCUCCAGAGCCAAAGAAACCCCAGACAACAGACGCCCUUACGCAGCGUAUAGCAGUAACUCCCCAGCUCGGUUUCUGUGCCAUAGUUUACAAAACCACUACUGUAGAGAAUGGCAUCUACCGUGGCACCGCUGAUUACAACUACUGGUCCAUUGGACUACCUAUGGCUGCUCAUCCUGGGCUUCAUCAUUGCGUUUGUUUUGGCAUUCUCCGUGGGAGCCAAUGAUGUAGCAAAUUCGUUUGGUACCGCUGUGGGCUCAGGUGUAGUGACCCUGAAGCAAGCCUGCAUCCUAGCUAGCAUCUUUGAAACAGUGGGCUCGGUCUUGCUGGGGGCCAAAGUGAGCGAAACCAUCCGGAAGGGCUUGAUUGACGUGGAGAAGUACAACUCGACCCAACCACAACUGCUGAUGGCCGGCUCAGUCAGUGCUAUGUUUGGUUCUGCUGUAUGGCAACUAGUGGCUUCGUUUUUGAAGCUCCCCAUUUCUGGGACCCAUUGUAUUGUCGGUGCAACCAUUGGUUUCUCCCUCGUGGCAAAGGGGCAAGAGGGUGUCAAGUGGUCUGAACUGAUAAAAAUUGUGAUGUCUUGGUUCAUCUCUCCACUGCUUUCUGGUAUUAUGUCUGGAAUUUUAUUCUUCAUUGUUCGUGCAUUCAUCCUUCGUAAGGCAGACCCAGUUCCCAAUGGUUUGCGAGCAUUGCCAGUUUUUUAUGCCUGCACUGUUGGAAUAAACCUCUUUUCCAUCAUGUAUACUGGAGCACCAUUGCUGGGCUUUGACAAACUUCCUCUGUGGGGUACCAUUCUCAUCUCGGUGGGAUGUGCCGUUUUCUGUGCCCUUAUCGUCUGGUUGUUUGUGUGUCCCAGGAUGAAGAGAAAAAUUGAACGAGAAAUAAAGUCUAGUCCUUCUGAAAGCCCCUUAAUGGAAAAAAAGAACAGCUUAAAAGAAGACCAUGAAGAAAUAAAGUUGUCCCUUGGUGAUACUGAAAACAGGAAUCCUAUUUCUGAGGUAGGGUCUGCCACUGUGCCCCUCCGGGCUGUAGUGGAAGAGAGAAUAGUGUCAUUCAAACUUGGAGACCUGGAGGAAGCUCCAGAGCGAGAGAGGCUUCCUAGUGUGGACCUGAAAGAGGAGACCAGCAUAGACAGCACCGUGAAUGGUGCAGUACAGCUGCCUAAUGGGAACCUUGUUCAGUUCAGUCAAGCCGUCAGUAACCAGAUAAACUCCAGUGGUCACUAUCAGUAUCACACUGUGCAUAAAGAUUCUGGCUUGUACAAAGAGCUGCUCCAUAAAUUACAUCUGGCCAAGGUGGGAGACUGCAUGGGAGACUCUGGUGACAAGCCUUUGAGGCGCAAUAAUAGCUACACUUCCUAUACUAUGGCAAUUUGUGGCAUGCCCCUGGAUUCAUUCCGUGCCAAAGAAGGUGAACAGAAGGGAGAAGAAAUGGAGAAGUUGACAUGGCCUAAUGCAGACACCAAGAAGCGAAUUCGAAUGGAUAGUUACACCAGUUACUGCAAUGCUGUGUCUGACCUUCACUCAGCAUCUGAGAUGGACAUGAGUGUCAAGGCUGAGAUGGGUCUGGGUGACAGGAAAGGAAGUAGUGGCUCUCUGGAAGAGUGGUGUGAUCAGGAUAAGCCUGAAGUCUCCCUUCUCUUCCAGUUCCUGCAGAUCCUUACAGCCUGCUUUGGAUCAUUUGCUCAUGGUGGCAAUGACGUCAGCAAUGCCAUUGGUCCUCUGGUUGCUUUGUUUCUAGUUUAUGAAACAGGGAACAUGUCUUCAAACAGGGCGACACCAAUAUGGCUUCUACUGUAUGGUGGUGUUGGCAUCUGUAUCGGGCUAUGGGUUUGGGGAAGGAGAGUUAUCCAGACCAUGGGAAAGGAUCUUACACCAAUUACACCCUCUAGUGGCUUCAGUAUUGAACUGGCAUCUGCCCUCACUGUGGUAAUUGCAUCAAACAUUGGCCUUCCCAUCAGCACAACACAUUGUAAAGUGGGCUCUGUUGUAUCUGUUGGCUGGCUCCGAUCCAAGAAAGCUGUUGACUGGAGACUUUUCCGAAACAUUUUUAUGGCCUGGUUUGUCACGGUUCCCAUCUCUGGUGUGAUCAGUGCUGCUAUCAUGGCAGUUUUCAAAUAUCUCAUCCUCAGAGUGUGAAGCCAAGAUUAAAAUUCGUGUCAAUGUUUGGAACCACCUUGUACAUUCCUGCUCCCUUGAAGAAUGAUUGCAGUGUUAAUGAGUCUUAAAAUUUGGGAGCUGUGGGAGGGAAGGUGUUACUUAUGCUAUAAUUGCUUUUGUGCUGAAUAGAAAUCUCAAAAUUAGCUAUGUAAAAUACCCAGGUUUCCACUGGUCCCUACUAAGGGCCCCUUUCCUUCUGGGCUGUGAAUUCCUGUACAUACUUCUCUACUUUUGUAUCAGGCUUCAAUUCCAUUAUGUUUUAAUGUUGUCUUUAAAGAUAACUUGUGUGGGUUUUUUGUUUUUUGUUUUUCUUUUAACAACCAAGCAGAGCCAUUUGACAGAAUAUACUCUGCUUUGUUGAUUUCACCAGCUUCUGCCCGAACAUGCACAGGGAUUUAACAACAAAACAUGUAACUAAAGCCUCCCUUGUAGUCUCUUAUAGAAGUGGAGUCAUUGGCACUCUGCCCUCCUGUCAGUGGUGACAGGUUUGUUGACAUGUGGGAACUUCUUAGAUGAGGUUCUGUGGGUACAGUGAAAAUUUAAGUUAGUUACGUCUUUGCAAGCAAUCCAUUGAUUUACUGCUAAGAAGUAGUAAGAAAAGGCCUUUUGGCAUUUGUGAUUAUUUCUUUUAAGAUUUCUGGCAAUGUGGUAUGGGUGAAUGAAGUGGAAUAUGAACUUUGGGCAAAUAAAAUGGGACAGCCUUCCAUGUUCAUCUGUCUACCUCUUAACUGAAUAAAAAGCCUACAGUUUUUAAAAAAUUUGUUCUCAUGGUUUUGUUCAUAUUUGAAUCCUCCAGGCUCCUGAUUAGUUAGCCUUAUGAUAUUCUUCCAAGUAUGUAUUAGCUGUGCAAGUGGAUGCUCCCAAUACAACUCCAAGUUCCCCACUCUCAUGUUACUUGUGAUCUCAGGAAUGUGCAUGACAUUUCUUGGAUAAGUAGCAACUUGGUGCUUUUAAUAGUACAGCCUAAACAUUUUCAUGUUAGCAUGUAUUUCAUUGAUUUUGUUUCUAGCUUUGAUAGUAUAAAGGAAGCUGAAAUGAGUUUCACUCAUGUGUAUGAAACUCAACUUUUAAGAAUUCUCAAGUUGGGGUUCUUCAGUUUUGCCCUAUUAUCUCUUUACCCAUUAUCAGAACAAC